CCUGCUCUCCACCCACUGUUGAGCAGCGUGGCGAUGCGCUGGCCGGCCGGCCUGGGCGGGGCUUGCCUACCUUAAGGCGGCUGUCAGUGCCGGCCCUUCCAGAGCCGGUGAAUGAGCAACCAAGUGUGACUUUGCAUCAGCAUCCUCGCCGGCGCUCCUACUCCGGACCCUGCUGCCUUGCGCCUGUGUGUCCCCAGGGACCCGCUUGCUGCUGCUGCUGCUGCUGCGCCUGAUGGAAAAGGCAAAAGCCAAUAGCUCCGGCUUCUUGCCGCCCUUCAAGCAUUUCGCCACGCAAGCCAUCCACGUGGGACAGGAACCCGAACAAUGGACGUCCAUGGCCGUGGUGCCCCCCAUUUCCCUCUCAACCACGUUUAAGCAGCGGGCGCCGGGAGAGCACUGUGGUUUUGAAUACAGCCGUUGUGGAAAUCCUACUCGAGAUUGCUUGGAAAAGGCUGUAGCUGCACUGGAUGGUGCAAAAUAUUGCUUAGCUUUUGCUUCUGGGUUAGCAGCUACAUUGAAUAUUGCACAUCUGUUAAAAGCAGGAGAUACUAUUAUAUGCACUGACGAUGUCUAUGGAGGAACAAACAGAUAUUUCCGGAGGAUAGCAACACAGUUGGGUCUGAAGGCAGUUUUUGUUGAUUGCACCAAACUGGAAUGCCUUGAAGCUGCAAUCACACCGGACACUAAGCUUGUCUGGCUUGAGACUCCAACAAAUCCAAUGAUGAAAGUGAUUGAUAUUCAAGGAUGUGCAGAUGUUGUCCAUAAGCACAAAGGUGUUAUCUUGGCAGUUGACAAUACUUUUAUGUCUGCAUAUUUCCAGCGUCCCUUGGCUUUGGGAGCAGACAUUUGUAUGUACUCAGCAACUAAGUACAUGAAUGGUCACAGUGAUGUUGUAAUGGGACUAGUGUCAGUAAAUGACAGUGAUCUCUAUGAAAGGCUCAAAUUUUUACAAUAUUCCCUUGGAGCAGUUCCAUCUCCUUUCGAUUCCUACCUUUGCAACCGGGGCUUGAAGACAUUGCCGAUCCGCAUGAAACAACAUUUCCACAAUGCACUGGUGAUUGCUCGAUACCUUGAAUCAGAUCCCAGAGUGGAAAGGGUCCUCUUUCCUGGAUUGGCCUCCCACCCUCAAUAUGAGCUGAUGAAGCGUCAGACCACAGGCUGCCCAGGAAUGAUUUCCUUCUACAUUAAAGGAAACCUUGAAAGUGCCACUACAUUUCUGAAAAACUUGAAGCUUUUUACACUGGCUGAAAGUCUUGGAGGUUAUGAAAGCCUGGCAGAGCAUCCUGCCAUCAUGACUCAUGCCUCUGUUCCAAAGGCAGAUAGGGAAGCCCUCGGAAUCUCUGAUACAUUAAUUCGCAUGUCUAUCGGCUUAGAGGACUGUGAAGAUUUACUGGAAGAUCUGGACCAAGCUCUGAAAGCAGCUGUUUUUGAUUAUAAAGUCCGUAACUAAAAGACUUGAUUCCUGUGCAUCUGCAAUAUAAGGAAAAGGAACUGAAAAACUGUGCUGCUCAUGAAUUUUCUGUGAUUCAAUAUUUAAGAAAUGAAAAAUUAUCUUUAAUGUUUUGAAAGCAAGACAAAUUGAAAGCAAGCCAACAAUGGGGACCUUUCCCCAUUGACUUGACUAAACCUGUGCCUUCUAUUAACAUUGUAUUCUUUGAUCUAAAACAAAAGGUCACCAUUCUUUCCAGGAUAGUUUCAGGUCUACAGUAUAAGAUUCGAGUCCAAUAGCAUCUGAAAGCUAUCAAGAGUCAAAGCACCCUUUGUCAGAUGACAAAAGCAGUUUUGACAGUCAAAAGCUUUUACCCUGGAAUUCUUAUUGGUCUCUAAGGUCCUGCUGGACCCCAAAAGAUUCCACAACUUGCUACCUUUCCAGGAGGAUGUGACUUUGAUUACUUGGGAAUAGGGCAGCUAAUAAUAUCUAAAUAUAUUUGAAAUAGUUUGUCAUACCUGGGCAUGUUAAAAGGAUGUAUCAUUACACCAGUGCCUCCUGUUCUUUCUGCUCCUUCUUGUCCCUGAUUUUUUAAAAAAAGAUUGAGCUAUUUCUUAAAAAACUAAAACAAAACCACUUCAGAUGCAAAAGGUGGUAUCAGAUAGUUCCUGCAAUGAUGUUAUUUGUGUCUUUGGUGCAAUACUGAAAAAUGAAGCAAAAUGAGUGGCAUGUGUAUGCAUUGGGUUGAAUCCAAACUUGCAUAAGCAGAAGGAUCGCACACAAUUACAGCUUUCCUGCUUUUUCCCAACAAGUUCCCCUCACCCAUCCUGAAAAUCGUCUGCACUGAAAUCAAGCAACCCCCCUCAUCAGCCCCCCCCCCCCAACUGUAUGAGAAUUGCAAAGUUCGUUUAUUGGAGGCAGGUGGGUGAAGGGGAAUGUGGGAAACAUCCACAAGCAAGUGCUUUCUGUUUAUACAAGUUUGAAUAUAUUUUGGUUUUUAUUUUGAAAUUCCCAGUGUGUAUUUAUAUUUGAUUAUACAAGUUGUAUCUUUUGGUUACAUUACUUGAUUUUGCAUUGGGCAAUUUUACUUUUGUAUAAAUCUAUUGUUCUGGUAUUUUGUAUGAAUGAACUGUAGCAAUAAGUAAUAACAUGUCCUGUUAAUUUCCACAACUCAUUAAUUAAAGCAAAGUUGAUUUGA